AUGGGAAUUCGCUUGAUAGCUGCCAUGGUUCAUGCAAAGCAAGUAUUUAGGUCGAGAGCUGGUGUGCAUGGCGGCCAUGCAUCACCAACUGCUGUAUCCAGCAAUGCAGAUGUCCCAAAGGGUCACUUGGCAGUUUACGUUGGAGUGUCUUAUAAGUACCGCUUUGUGGUUCCUCUGUCCUACUUGAAGCAUCCUUUGUUCCUGGAUCUAUUGAGGCGUGCAGAGGAAGAAAACGGAUUUGAUCAUCCCAUGGGAGGCCUCACCAUCCCAUGCAGCAGAAAUGCCUUUCUUGAUAUGGCGUCUCGCUUGAAUGACUGCUGA